AUUCGACGCGAGGUCGAUUCGAUAUUUCGAUAAGCCUGUUCUACAAUACUGUCGUAAGCUAACAGGCCAUAAUUGCAACGUGCCGGUGUAAUCAUUCUCGGGUUAAGUUAGGUUAGGUUUCUCUGUAAUACGCUGAUAUUUGGUUAUUUACUGGAACUGUGUGCAAUAUGACCGCCAAGAAGAAAAAUAAAUUAGAAAAAACGCAAAAAAAACAGGACAUUGAAAAAGUUGUUCCUGAAACGUUUGUCUCUGCCAUAGACGGUGUGCUUUGGCGAACUUUUCUUUUGGUUACUUGCAUUAAGAUAUUCUUGAUACCUGCUUAUUAUUCCACAGAUUUUGAAGUACAUCGCAAUUGGUUGGCUAUUACACACAGUCUGCCUAUAAAGGAAUGGUACGUGAACGCUCACUCGCAAUGGACUCUCGAUUAUCCACCUUUGUUCGCCUGGUUUGAGUAUUGUCUCAGCCAGAUAGCUGUGUUUUUUGAUCCAGAGAUGGUUAAAGUAGAAAAUUUAAAUUUUGCAUCACCAGCCACUGUACACUUUCAAAGAGCUACUGUUAUGUUUGCUGAUCUGAUGUUGGCAUAUGGAGUCAGAGAAGCAAGUAAAACAUUUUGCAAAUCUGAGAUCAGUUAUCAAAUUUUUCUGUUUCUGUCAUUGUGCAACAUAGGUCUGUUGAUAGUUGACCACAUACAUUUUCAAUAUAACGGAUUUUUGCUAGGCAUUUUGUUGGUGUCAAUGGCAAAUGUUUCAAAGAUUGAUAAGGAGAUGUCUGUGUUGAAGGGCGCAAUGUGGUUUGCAAUUUUACUUAACUUAAAACAUCUGUACUUGUAUAUAGCGCCAGCUUACAUUGUGUGGCUGUUGAGAUCGUAUUGUCUGAACAGCGGCAAAUUCUUCAAACGGUUAUUUGCACUUGCAUUUGUUGUUCUGAUGGUAUUGGUUGUAUCUUUUGGUCCUUUUAUAAAUCAGUUACCGCAGGUCAUGUCCCGUUUGUUUCCAUUUAAAAGAGGAUUGGUGCAUUCUUACUGGGCGGCAAAUUGUUGGGCUCUGUAUAUUGGUGUAGAAAAAAUAUUGACUGUAUUAUGGCGACGUUUAGGAUGGUUAAAAGGUGCCAAAUCCGCAGUAAUGACAGGCGGUCUGGUACAGGAACAAAGUUUUCUUAUAUUGCCCACUCCAACUCCUGUUGUUACAUUUGGUCUAAUUUUUCUGGCAAUUGUUCCUGCAUUAUGGUGCAUACUUCGUAAAAAGUCGUACGCGAACUCGAAAUGUUUCAUCAGAUGCAUAGUGCUCUGUGCUUUGAGCUCGUUCAUGUUUGGCUGGCACGUGCACGAGAAAGCGAUAUUAACUGCGAUCAUUCCUUUGUCUGUCCUCGCAGCAAUAGAUGAGGAAGAUGCACGAAUAUUCCUAAUUUUAAGCAAUGCUGGAUUCACCGGUCUUAUGCCACUACUCCAUCCCUUUAACUUAUUUCCAUUACGAUUACUGAUGUUAUUGGUACAUGAGUUUUCGUCGUAUUUGGUAUUUAACAAUUGUCACAACCAUCUGUUGCGCUUACACGAAGCGCUGUAUGUCAUAUCACUACCGUUGAUUAUGUUAUACGACGGAUUGUCCCACAAGUUCCUCUUUGGCGAUACACUGCCGUUCUUCCCGUUAGCGUAUACCUCCAUAUACUGCGCGAUUGGUGUAAGUUAUUGCUGGAUACUGUAUUAUUAUUAUUUUCUAUUGAACAACGUCGAUAAAGGCAAAGAGAAAGUAAAGAAAUCUUGAACGUGCGAAAGAUGCGAGUUCGAAAGAUUUACACGAUGACCAGGAAGUCGACGUUAUUCCAAAAUCUGCUCAACAGACACAUCCCAAUGUGUUGUGUAUGUAUAUUUUUCUACAUAUAAUUUACAAAAUAAAAACAAUACAAAUUUU